AUGCUGGCGAUCAAUCUCCUCAAGACUGGGGGGUUUCUCUUCAGCGCGGCGUCUGUUCUAGCAGUCCCAGUUGUGGUCGAGUCAUUGAACGAGACUCCGGCUGGAUGGGAGGAAGCAGACUCUCCCUCCCCUGACGAAUUUAUCAAUCUCUCUAUCGGACUUGAGCCCGAAGACCACAAGUUACUUGAGCGCACCAUCUACGAAGUCUCCGAUCCUGACCAUCACAAGUAUGGCAAGCAUCUCUCUCGUGAAUCUGCCAAAGCUCUCCUCAGACCGUCUAGUGCUGCUACCAAGUCUGUCAAGCGCUGGCUCUCCGAGGCUGGAGUUCCCGACCAUCACGUUCGUGACGAGGGCGAAUGGCUUCACAUUCGGACCACCGUCAAGAACGCUGAAGGAAUGCUCAGCACUCGGUUCUCCGUGUUCGCUCGUGAUGACAGAAGCAUCGUCAGAACGAGAGAGUACUCUGUCCCUCACGAGAUCCGCCGCCACAUUGCAUCAAUUCAACCUACCACACUCUUUUCAAGCUUCCAACACGGUCGAAGUCUCGAAGAAACUGCACCUACCGUGAUGAAGCGGCAUGUCUACGGUGAAAAGGAGCCACGAUCCACCAAAAACGGCAACUAUGGUGGACCAGGACCGAUUGACCUCAAGAAGUGCAAAACAGAGGCAACCCCUGCGUGCAUCCGCAAGCUGUACAACCUGCCAAAGAAGUACCCAAGUGCUGCGAAGGGAUCUUUAUACACAACUGUCAGCUUCCAAAACAUGACCUCUCAACGCGAUGAGCUCCAAGAGUUUCUCCGACGUUACGCUCCUGAUCUCAAGGGCGUCACCUUCGCCGACGACUUUGCCAAUGGUGGAAAAAACACGCAAGGCGACAAUGUACCCGAGAACGAAGGAAAUUUGAACAUCCAAUACGCCGUUUCGUUAGCCUCCCGAGUUCCGGUUCAACACCUGGCUGUUGGAGGUAUCAACACCGACUACAUCUCUGAUCUCGAUUUACCACCAGGACAGGGCAUUGAGACCUGGCUCGAGUUUGCUGAACAUAUCUUGAACCUGCCUACCAAGAAACUCCCUUCAGUCAUCUCCAUAUCAUGGGGUGAAUACGAACAACACCUUCCCAAGAAAUAUGCCCGUCAGGUCUGCAACAAGUUUGGACAGAUUGGCACGCGAGGCGUUUCAAUCAUAGUCCCAGCUGGUAAUCAAGGUGUGGGUGUCGCAUGUCAAUCAAAUGAUGGAAAGAAGACCAAAAAGUUUCUCCCUACAUGGCCCAGUGCUUGUCCAUACGUAACCACUGUUGGUGGUACGGGAGGCAACAAUCCCGAGAUUGCAUUGAGCGAUGGAGAAGGAGAGCCGUUUUCGACCGGUGGUGGGUUUUCUGAUCUUUUCCCACGCCCUGAGUACCAGGAGAAGGCUAUGAAGGAAUACCUGAAGAAGUAUGGCAAGAAGUGGCAGGCUUAUUACAACCCAAAGGGACGAGCCUAUCCUGAUGUAGCAGCUAUUGCGGCUGAAUUGCCGGUCAUGGUGCGUGGUGAAGUGCGUCCUGCAACAGGAACAAGUGCGGCAGCGCCAACAUUCGGGGCCAUUGUUGCUCUCCUUUCGAAUGAGAGGCUGAGAAAGGGCAAGCCUGCGAUGGGAUUUCUUAACCCUUGGAUCUAUAAGAAGGGAUACAAAGGAUUCACUGAUAUUGUGCAUGGCAGAAACUAUGGCUGUCAGGGUUUCAGUCUCCAAGACACUCCCGCGCCCAAAAUACCCGGUGCAGGUUGGGAGGCUGUCAAAGGAUGGGAUCCUGUUAGUGGUUUCGGAACGCCUCUGUACGACAAGUUGGAAAAGCUGGCCCUCUAG